AAGUAUUGAAAGUUGAAACUAGGAAUACAAAUAAAUGAGUGAUGGAGGUAGAAAAACAAAAAUGGUGUGUACUCAGAGUUUCAGAGUCCUCAGACGCCUCCACUCCAUAAUCAAAAUGGUCUGAAGCUUCUUCUUCUUCUUCUUCUUCUUCUUCUUCGUCUUCAAAAUCAAAAUAGCUUUCGAAAACAAUGGCCGUAGCCCUCUUCUCAUCGGCUCCUCCAUCUCACUUCAUUUCUCUAGCUCAGCCCAAACCCCAUCUCUCACACAAGUCUCUUCUCUUCGCCGCCCCCCAGAAGCCUAAGAAUCUUCUGCUCUUGACGAUUCCCCCCAUUAGCGCCGCCGCUGCUGCCGAUAAUGGGUCUGGCGCAGCUCCUGUUUCGACGGAGGAGCUCAAUGAGAAAGCUGUGAACUCCAAUGGAUCUGCGGCUGCUGCUGAAGAGGCCGAGUUGAGAGCGUUCCUGGAUCCGAGAUGGAUAGGAGGGACUUGGGAUUUGGGGAAGUUCCAGACUAAUGGGAAGACCAAUUGGGAUGCUGUGAUUGAUGCCGAGGUUAGGAGAAGGAAAUGGUUGCAGGAUAACCCAGAGCCAUCAAGCAAUGAAAGCUCUGUGGUUUUCGACACUUCUAUCAUUCCUUGGUGGGCAUGGAUGAAGAGGUUCCACCUUCCUGAAGCUGAAAUCCUAAACGGCCGGGCUGCAAUGAUUGGUUUCUUCAUGGCCUACUUUGUCGAUGCCUUGACUGGCGUUGGCCUCGUUGAUCAAACAAACAAUUUCUUCUGCAAAACCCUAUUGUUUGUAGCUGUGGGAGGGGUUCUUCUCAUCAGAAAGAAUGAGGACAUAGAUACAAUCAAGAAGCUGGUGGAGGAGACAACUUUCUAUGACAAGCAGUGGCAAGCAACUUGGCAAGAUGAGACCCCUAAGAAUUCUUGAAAACUCUCUAUGCUUCUACUUUUGCUCUUUCUCAAGUUCUUGAAGUUUGUAUUGUGGUUUCCUUCUAUGUUAGAGAAGAGUCCAGCAUAACAUUUUACACUUUUUGAAGUGGUAAUUAAUGGAUAUGUAAAUUUCUUAUAUUUUUUAUCCCAAUUACUUUUAAGUAGGAGUAAGGUCUGCCCACACAAAUCCUUCUCAGAUCCAACUAUUUUGUGGGUAUCUACUGAUUUUGUUGUCCUUGUUGUGGAUCUCCAUUAUUCAUGUUUCUAUUUAUCCCUAUAAACUUGAGUGAUUUUC